AUGCCGCUCACCCAACUAAAAGACCACGAAUAUACUGACAAGCUUCUCACAGUGACCCGAUCUCACAAGGCCAACGACCGUGACCACAAGGGCAUUGCCGAGGGGACUAUCUCUCCCAUGGAAACUGUUCCUCGUUUCUUUGGUAAGAACGGCUUUGCCGAUGUGGACCCCAAGAAGGUAAAGAAGGACGGCUCUGGCCGAGGCAACUGGGGAACCGUCAACGAUGAUAUCGCAGGCGAACAGUUCACUUUUACCAACACCCGACGCCGCUCCAACAGCAGCAGUUUCUCUCAUAUCACCGACUUCAAGACUAAGUUUGAAGUCAACGAGCCCGAGCCCGUUUUCGAAGAGUCACUCCACGGUCCUGAAGAAGAAGACCAUGAAGACCUCACCAAGACCGACUCUUCCGAGAGCGGUCGAUCCUCGUCUUAA